GAUUGGCGUUGGUUUCAAUACGUGCAUAAGAAAAUAUUCUGUAAAACGAAUAGUUGAGAUAAAGGGAGCUGAGAUUGUACUUUCAGUUUUCGUUGUAGUAUUAGUAAGUUUUUUCUGAAUUAAAUGCCUAAUAAGUGGAACAAAUGUGCGAACGAUCUGUAAUAAUUUGUCUAUAAAGCGCAAUGGUAAUUCAACUGGCAUUUUUCAUAAAAGAGAAGGGGAAGGUAAGGAAACGUGAUGAUGGUUACAUGUAUUCAGUACAAGACCCCGUAGUUGUUGACAAUAUUGAAAUGGAAAUAGAGUAUGAUUUCACACAAUGUACAUUUAGUAUUAUAAUGCCGGUAUUAGUCACCCACCGUGAGCACUUUCCUCUCCGUACCAGGAAAAUAUAAAUAGCGAUAAUGACUCAUAGUCAUAACCUCUGAAACCUAAUUCAUAUAUUUCAAAACGAGCUAUUCCGCAUUGCCCGAGGGACCUUUGAAUUAUCAAAAAUUGAAGAUACUUUAUUAAUAUAAAACUUCAGAACAAGAAUUAUUAUCUAAUAUCUCACAUCGUAAAAUUGGUAUUGUCUGCGUUUCCAGAGUGUUAUCAACAAAGUACGUACAUUUGUAUUUAUCUAUUAAAACCGGAUAUUCUACCAUUGCAAUUUUUAUUUCCUAAGUAAAACAAUAAUAAAAUAAUGUCGACAUUCUGUGGAUGCAUUCCCAUACAAUCCAAGAAGAAGAAAAAUAAAGAUUGCCUGAAUUAUGCUAAACUCGAAUUAGCGGACAAGGAAGGCCAAAAAUGGAUUUCCAGCAACCGAUCUUUACAUGACAAUAUUCCCGUUCAACUAAGUCCCGAAGGUGUUGAAGGCUGGAGAUUGGAGAGACCUAACGAUAAAUUGUCGUGGAGUUUUUAUAUUAUGUCAGAGAAUAAUAAGAAAAUGUACGUCACGUUCAACGAGAGCAACAACGAUGUUACACUUGAAUAUGAUGACGAUAUCGCGGACGAUAACGGGAAGGGGAGAUAUUUUUCGAUGCUUCUUCAACCUAAACGCGGGCUGUUUCUGCGAGCUGAAAAUACAACAAACAGAUAUCUGUAUAAUAACGGAGGAAAGUUGGAAAUGGUGACAACCGAGAGUCCAACCUCUGCAAUACACUGGUUCCUUUCUCCAUCAUUUGAAUUGAUUGAUUCCAUAAUUGAUCAAUUCACUGUUCAAGUUCACCAAUUGAACAGUUCUCAGAAAUGGUUGUGUGAUGGAGCGACAGCGAAUGCUCAAAUUCAAGUCCAACAGCUCAGUUCUGAUCAGGACUGGACUUUAUCUACCACUGACGAUAGGAAAGUUCAGUUUGCGGUUGGAUCUUUAAAUGCCGAUGAUACUCUGCAAUUUGGAACUGUGCCAGCAAAUUUUACUCUCAAUCCCUAUGGAGGUGGAGUUAGUUUACAGUCCACCACGAAUAGUAAGUAUGUAGUGGCUCCAGAGGGCAAUGGCGACCUUUUAUUCUCAGCAACCGAAGGAACUUCGACAUCUUGGGAUAUAGAGAUUAUGAGAUUAAUGUACGAAUGCGAGGGUGAAAAAAUCAUUUUUCCUGAGUUUCCCAUCAAGAAAAAUAAAGAUCCGAAAUAGUCGAGCAAAAAACUAUUCCGGAUGAAGAGUGGUUCUUUUACAUGCCUGUUUGAAUGUAAGGAUUACAAAGAACUGAACUAGUUAUUGACUU